ACAAAACGCAUCAGUCUGCCGCACGAGAUCGGAGAGUGCUUUAGUGGAUCCGUCCGUACGCCGUGGAAAAAUCGCGUUUUCUUGUUUGAACGACAUGGAAAAUUACCGUGAGGACCGUCGGGAUCCGAUAAGGUGUCCGUUCUAUAUAGAGUUUCAUACAUUUUAACUGUCAACAGUCUCAGAAAUACGCGAAAAACCGGUAAAAUGUGUCCGGUUUAGAGGUUAUGUCUCUCGAUAAGCUUUAAAUUUGUAUAGUUUACGAAGCGGGCCCUGUUUAAAUUAGUCGCUUUUGUUUUUUUUAUUCAAUUGUUUGUUGUUUAUAUUAGAGCCCCGUUUAAAUGUAUUUGUUUGUAGUAAAGUGAAAACACUAGCAAAUCAUUUUUAUCAAUAAUUAAUAGAAACAAAAAUUAAUUCCUUUAUUUAUUUAAUAAUCAAUUAAAUAAUUUAUUAAUAGUGGGCUCUGGUGGUGAUACGAUGUGACAGCAGUGAAAAAAAAAAACAAGAAAGUGCUUUAUGUGUUUAAUGUGUUUUCUCUGUGGAAUAUACCAACAUUUUGAGGAUUAUGUGUAAUAAAACGGAAUUCUAAUAGCAGAGUGGGUUUCAUUUAUCUCGAUCAUGGAGCUUCCUGUUCCCGCAUCGAAUAAGCAGGAAAAGAUCAAGCUUACCGAGAUAAACGAGUACCUAACCUGUUAUCUGUGCAAGGGAUACCUCGUAGACGCCACGACCAUCUCGGAAUGUUUACAUUCGUUUUGCCGAAGCUGUAUCAUAAGGUUUCUGCAAGACAACAGCUACUGUCCGGUAUGCGAGCUUAUCAUAAACAAAGCCAAGCCCAACUUAAAGACAGACAAAACGUUACAAGAUAUCGUUUACAAGUUGGUGCCGGAGCUCUUCCUCAGGGAGAUGUUGAGGAGACGGUCUUUUUACAAGGACUAUCCUCAAAUCGCCGCGCGCGUAUCUCCGGAAGAACGAGGCGAAGAUACCGAAAGAACCAUAUUUAACCCACAAGAAAUGAUAAGCUUGUCUUUGGAAUAUAUCUGUGAUGACUCCACCCCUGGCGCGAUCCGUAUACCUGGAAUUGCAACGAGCCUCGAUACCCUGAAGAAUAACGAUGAUGGUUCGAUGGUCGAUAGUCAAGAAGACUCCCAAAUAAAGAGGUACCUGCUCUGCCCCGGCAUGUGUCGGGUCGAGGUGCUCAAGAAAUUCGUUAGAAACAAGUACAACGUGGAUACCAAUCAGUUUUUUAUUGAUUUGCUAUACAAAAGAGUUCCUUUACCAGACCACUACACAUUAAUUGAUAUCGCAUACAUCUAUUCAUGGCAAAGGAAUGAAGUCAUGAAGUUCUUCUUCCGAAUCAUCGACCAAAGUAAAUCCAAACGAACCGACAGUCCUGUCAAUACUCUACCUCAGUUUAUCACAAGAAACUUCAAACGAACCAAGAGUGCCACUGAACGAACAAAAACAGCAUCACCAGAGAAGAAGUCACACAGAAAGUCUGGUGGAAAAAUCCAUGCAGCGAAACGAUCUAGUCAUGAAAAGCAUAGUCCUAAACCAUGUUCUAAACAAAAUGAGCAGAGAAGUUUAACUAAGUCUGACAGUAAAACUGAAAAUGCUGAACCAGAUAUAAGUAGGCUCACUUUAGUUGAUGCUAGCGAGGAAAGUACUGGAGAAGAAACCAGAGAUGAGGUUGUGAAGGUUGAAAAGACCAAUGACAGUAGUGUAAAAACUGCAAAAGUGUGUGAAAAUAAAGUCAAACCUGUAAAAAUAAUUUUAAGCAAAACUCAUAAAGACGAUAUAGAUAGCAAGAAAUUAGAUAGAGAAAUGUUAGCCAAUGGAUGUGAUGUUCCUAAAGACUCAUCUCAGAUGGAGAGUAGUGAUUCUGUGGUAACCAAAGUUGAAAAACCUGAUUGUUUCGAUAGUGAACAUAAAAAAGUUGAUUUUCCACCCAUCGCAACAAUAAAGAAAGAGCUGUUAUCACCUGAUUCAGAAAAAAGUGAUAGCAGGCUGAUUCUAAAAGUAUCAAAAGAUUUCAUGGACAAUGUUAAUAUUGGCUCUCCAAAAUCUCAAUUGUUUUCAAAACCAGUAACAAAAAGCUUUACAAGUAUUACAUUAAAUAGAAGCGAGAACGUCGAGAUAAUUACCAAAAUCCAACCGUUAGCUAAUAAAGAUGGACAUGCUAUAGGGCAUCAUAUUAUUAAGCAAACAAUUAAAAAAGGUUCUAAAAUGAAAAAUAAUAGCCCUAAAAAGAUGUCUCCCAAAUUAAACAUUCCUACCCUAGUCAUAAAGAAGAAAAGUAUGAAAAAGAGAUCGCCGAAACACGACGUUAGAAGGGCGAUGCCCGAUUUGAAUAUCCAAGUUAAACCAGUUGAAGUGAAAGUGGAACCAGAAGAUUUAGAAACAGACAAAUCUAAGUUCUUAGAAUAUAUGAAGCUUAAACCAGUUAAAGUGAAAAAAGAACAGUCAGCGCAGAACGAAGUGCAACAGGAACCAACCGUUCCAAAAAAACAGAUUAUAAUUAGUAGAGCACCUGAUCCAAAACUUUCUGGUGGCCAAAAAAGGAAAAACAGUAGUCCCAUUAAAAAUGAGAAAGCAAAACAGUCUAAACUAAUUGACUCAAAGAAAUCUGUCAAAAUCAUUCUGCAAGAAAAGAGGGCUGAGAAUGCCAAACCAGAUAAUGGCUUGCAAUCGCUGAUAAACAGCUGUAAAAUACCGUCAUCGCUUUCGAUCACUAUAAAAGAAGGAUCGGAUAAAGGAUCACUACCUCCGGUGGCUCCCCCUGUCAAAAACUUUAUAGAAAUAUUAAAGUUGCCUGAGGAUCCCGGUUCGAGUGAGAAGGCAUCCGCUCCUGAAAUUAAAACAAAACUAGAUUUAACUAAAUUCUGUGAUAAAGAUAGCGAACAAAAAGUCGAUGAAGACCUUGCUGAAAUAGCCAAGAGUCUAACCGAAAAAAUCCCAAUGUCGACCACUGUAUCUCAAAUUAUCGGACCCAAGCAAAACUUUGCUAUACCUGUUAAAACUAAUUUGCCUACUAAACCGCAAAUUCAACCAUCGCCUGUGCCCGAAGUUAGCAAAGCUUUAACGCAAAUUAAAGAAGAACCUUGUAAACAAUCGUUCCAAAAAAUAUUUGAAGAAUCAUUAAAAAAACCACCUGAGAACCCCAAGCCAUGUGCUGUCGAAGAAAAGGCAAGUGCGCCCAGUAAUAGCAAUAAGAGAAACAUCCUCGAAAUAGCCAGUGAUUUAAUUAAAAAGAGUAAAAAAGAUGACGAGAAGAGAUGCGAAGUGCCACUACCCAAAGUUCCUAUUCCUCGACUGCCAAGUCAGAAAGCGUCCGCGUUCCAUCAACUACCCAAAUUUAUUCCACAAACAGUGGCAAGUCUACAUUCGACGAGCCUCGGCUUAAACUAUACAGUGUCAGUAGGCCAACAAAGCCCAACCAAAGUAAUGAAAUCGAAUGGUAUCGUGUCACCCGUAAAAGCCGAUGCCGUUCCUGGUGUUCCCGAGUGCAAACCGCCAGUAUCACCAAUAAACGAACCAAAAUCAAUUAAAGCGAACUUCAAAGUGCCAUCUCCUAGUGUCGGAUCGCCCAAACUUCCUGAAGUGUCGGGUUCUCCAAAACCAAAAACUUCUUCCCCCAAAUCCUCCCCGGCUGUGAAAAGUGCUUUUGGAGUAACCAAUAAACCUUUACCACCUCCAAUGGCCCGACCUCCAAACAUAACACCACGACCAAAUAAACCUAAACCUUCAAAAUCACCAUCUCCUAUAUUGGUGCCAAAAACGUCUCCGCUAGCGAGUUCAAGUGGAGCCAAUCAAGAGGCCAACGAUAUCCUUGCCAAAUAUAACAUUCCUAAUCUCGCCCAAUUAACUGCCAAUUAUAAUAUAGCGAAUCCAACACUGAUGGCUACCAAUAAUCCAAUGGCGGCCUUCCAACAGGCGGUUUUGCUGAAACACUUUGAACUGCAAAAUCGGCAAAAUUGGUUGAAUAUGAAUCAAGGACCGCUGAUGCAGUACGAGAAGUACCUGGAGAGUCUCAAUGGAGGCAUUAAUGGUUCUCAUAGUCAUACGUAGUAAUGAGUGUGAUGUUAACGCCGGUUAACAGGGUUUAAUGUAGUAAGGUCGUUAUGUUGUUUUUUAGUUUUGUCUUUAUUUUUAUAAUAUCAGCGGAAGUUUAUAGAGGAAAGACAAUGUUAUAAGUUUGCAAAGCUAAAUAGAGUGGCUAUGUGAAGAGGCUUAGGUCAAGAUGGAAUUGUUUAUAAAGUGGUUUUCACAGCUUAUUAGAAACAAAGUGAUUGUUGUAUAUUAUAUUUAAAAAAAAAAAACUAUUGUCAAUUGUGAUCUUUACGUCUUUAAAACCGUUAAUGAUUUUUAUUAGUUUAAAGUAAAAUAUACUUUGAGUUCAAUUUU